AUGUGUCAUGUUUUUCCUAAUGUGGUACAUGGAAACAAGAGCAAACUUGUUAUUACUCUGCUUUGGUCAUUUGUGAUUCCGGGAGAAGCAAGGAAGUCAUUUCUCAGUGUUCUGAAUAUAGAAAAGACUGAAAUGCUGUUUUUCAUAAAAACUGAAGAAAGUGGGGUGCCUAGAUCAAGUUAUGAAGAUGAUUGGCCAAACUCCAGCUGUCUCCUGUUGCAAAUAGAUGAUCUUAAACUGCCCCAAGUGGUGAAUGUGACAAAAACCUUAUAAAACCUAGUGACAGAUGAAGAUGGAGAGACACUGUCUCAUCAACUGUGGGAUUCUGAAGGUAGGCAAGGUUCAAGAAAUGUUAAAGUCAAAGUGCUUAAACAGAAAGAUGGUCUUCUUAAGGCACCAAUGCAUAUUGAUUGAAAUAUCCUAAGCUUAUUCUACCGAUUUGCAUUUGGUUGCAAUAUUGAAUUGCAGGUGUUUGAAACAGUGUGAGAGAGACCUUUGCCAAUAAUUCUUGGGUUAGUUACGCAAUUUUUUUUCUUAUGCCACUUUAUGGAUUGCCUUUGACACAGAUCUGGUAUCACAGGAGGCAAAACCUAGGCUUUUGGAUUUAUAAUGACCUGCACAUGCCCAGGAGGAAUGAAUGUCUUCUGCUUUAGAAAGAGUUGUCAUUUGGCCAUUUAGAUAACUUGCAGUUCAGUGCUAUUGGCCCUGAUAUUGAUAUUUGCCAACUUAUACAAGUACAGUAGGGUGUUAGGGUUAUCAUGCACAUUUCAUAUUCUUGUUUCUAAAAUUACAUAUACCUUUUUAUACUUAACAUCAGUUGGAAUAGUCAAGUGUAGAAUACCUAAAAAAGCAAACUUCUUGGCAAGAAUAAUUAAUUCCAUUUUAAUGUCUGUAGGGAUUUAUUUUACUUUUAGAAUGUUUCUAAAAAUGGUUAACCUAGAGGUGCCUUUAUUGGGUGUCUUAGUUCCUGCUCUGGGUUUGUUGUUUGGGUACUCCUUUUCUAAAAUUUCUUUGCUGCCUCUUCCUGUUUGUAAACUUGCUGCUAUCAACAGUGGGAUGCUAGUUUCUUAGCCCUUGCCAUUAUUCAGCUCUUUUUCACAGUCCAAGACCGACUUAGCUUCUGUGACUCAUUUUACAGUGGUUAUGCGUUCUGGAUGUGAAAUGUUACUGUUCCUCUUCUACAAGGCUAAGGAAAGAUGUAUCCUUAUCAUAGAAGAUAAAAGGAAAAAGAAAUCCCGAACAAUUAAAGCACUAUGGAAUUCUUACUCUGAAUGA